AUGAAUAUUUUUACUAUUUUAUGUGCCAAUAAGUACAGACAUUAUAGUACAUUAUUGAAAUAUCAUCACAGAUAUAGGAGCCCAAAAUGUUCUUCGUUAGUUAUGCAGAAAAGAUUUAAAAAAGAUGAUAGCUUAUCUACUCUGUUUGUUCCUGUACCUGUUAAACCAAGUCCAGAUGAUAUAAAUGUUGGUGCUGAACUUACUGGAAGACUGAAUAAAGGAGAUCUUUUAAAAAUACUUAAUCGGUUUUACCAAAAGCCAGAAAUCAAACAGCUGGCUUCAGAAAAUGGAUUAGAUAAUUACUUGCAGCAUCAAGCCUAUAUAAGUUUUAGAAGAUUUUGUCUUGAAGCCAAUACAUUGCCUGUUGAUCUUCAUGUUGUUAUUAGUGAUAUUCUUCAAGGAGCUGGCCAUGUAGAUGAUAUACUUCCAUAUUUUUUAAGACAUGCGAAACAAAUGUUUCCACACCUUGAGUGUAUGGAUGAUUUAAAGAAAAUUAGUGAUCUUCGUUCACCUGCUAAUUGGUAUCCAGAAGCUAGAGCUAUUAAUCGUAAAAUAGUGUUUCAUGCGGGUCCGACAAACAGUGGAAAAACCUAUCAUGCUUUAGAAAAGUAUUUGUCUUCCAAUUCAGGAGUUUACUGUGGUCCAUUAAAGCUUUUGGCUACUGAAGUAUAUCGCAAAUCAAAUGAAAGAGGUACUCCAUGUGACUUGGUAACUGGAGAAGAAAGAAAAUUUGCUGAUGAAAAAAAUGAAGCUUCUAAACACAUUUCUUGUACUGUUGAAAUGGCAAAUGUAAACACACCUUAUGACAUUGCAGUAAUUGAUGAAAUACAAAUGAUGAAAGAUCCUAGUCGUGGUUGGGCUUGGACAAGAGCUUUGUUAGGUUUGGUGGCCAAUGAAAUUCAUAUUUGUGGAGAAGAAGGUGCAGUUGAAUUAGUUAAAGGUUUAAUGACAACCACUGGUGAAGAUGUUCAGGUUUGCAGGUAUAAACGACUUACUGAAUUAGCUAUUGAAGAUUCAGCAGUUAGUAAUUUAGAUAAUAUUAUGCCGGGUGAUUGCAUUGUUUGCUUCAGUAAAAAUGAUGUAUACACGGUUAGUCGAGGAAUAGAAUCCAGGGGUAUUGAAGUAGCUGUAAUUUACGGCGGUUUGCCUCCGAAUACUAAGCUGGCUCAAGCACAAAAAUUCAAUGACCCUAAAAAUUCCUGUAAUGUUCUUGUUGCUACUGAUGCUAUUGGAAUGGGGUUAAACUUAAGUAUUAGAAGAAUUAUAUUUUAUUCAUUAAUAAAACCAACAUUAAAUGAGAAGGGAGAAAAAGAAAUGGAUACUAUAUCAGUAUCACAAGCACUUCAAAUUGCAGGACGAGCUGGGCGUUACGGAACACAAUAUGAAAAGGGUUAUGUCACAACAUUUAAACCACAAGAUUUAUCUACUUUAAGAAAUAUAUUAUCAGAAAAACCUGAACCUAUAAUCAAAGCAGGACUUCAUCCAACUGCUGAUCAGAUAGAACUAUAUGCAUAUCAUUUGCCAAAUUCUACAUUAUCCAAUCUUGUGGAUAUUUUUAUUUCAUUGUCUACUGUCGAUGAUUCAUUGUACUUCAUGUGUAACAUUGAAGAUUUUAAAUUUCUUGCUGAUAUGAUACAGCAUGUGCCAUUACCGCUUAGAGCAAGAUAUGUUUUCUGUUGUGCACCUAUAAAUAGAAAAAUGCCAUUUGUUUGCACCAUGUUUCUGAAGUAUGCUAGACAAUAUAGUAAAAAUCAAUCAAUCACUUUUGAUUGGCUAUGCAAGCAUAUUGGAUGGCCUUUCACUAUUCCAAAAACUAUUAUUGAUUUAGUACAUUUAGAAGCAGUGUUUGAUGUUCUUGAUUUGUACUUAUGGUUUAGUUAUAGGUUUACUGAUUUAUUUCCUGAAGCCAAUUUAGUAAGGGAUAUGCAAGCAGAAUUAGAUGAUAUUAUUGAACAAGGUGUUGUUCAAAUUACUAGAUUGUUAAAGAACUCUGAAUCCUCUAGUCCAAAUAGUGAAUCAAUUGAAGAAGAUUUUAAUGUUGCUAGGCAUAAACAUAAUUAUUUAAGAGGAUCAGCCCAAAGAAAUUUUAAUAAUAAUAAUAUUGGAAAGGGCAGACUUACAGAAAGACUUUUAGCUCAAGGACUAUUGACUCCUAAUAUGAUCGAUGAAUUGCACAGGGAAUGGAAUAAAAAUACAAAUAAAGGUGAAGGUAAUUGUGAUAGUGAUGAUGAUAAUGAUGAUCCACCAACUCAUCCUAAUAAUUCAACUAAUAAAAGAUCUAACAGGAGAAGAAGAAAAUUUUAGAUUGUAUUAAAUCAAAUUGUUUUUUAUUUAAUAAUACAUUGUUUCAUAUUAUAAUUAUUUUGAUAGCAA